AUGGGGGACGACUUGUGUAAACUGACUCGUGCCCAGCUGGAAUCGAUCCUGGGAUUCACGGCAAACCAAAUGACCCCACUCGACCCAGCUACAGAACGCUUCUACUAUGACUUCAAGCCCGUGCCCCAUGACCCGUCAGCGCGUUUGGGGCGAGAAUGGAGAGAGCUGGAGAGGGCCAAGAAACCCCACCAUCGAAAGCCCAAGACUUCCCUCGAUCUUCCGAAAGUGGGAGAAAGUUUGACCAUUGGGUAUGAAGGGAAUGGGGUCGUCAUCACGCGGGAAGACAGUGUAGGCUUCUUCGCAUAUUCGGUCGACAUCAACUUCAACGGCGGACUUUUCCUGCCGCUUCUUUUCACGGAAAUUGAAGCAAAAUGGGUCUUAACAAACGCCAAGUUCCGGUCCUUCGAGAUUCCCCACAACGACUCCCCAUUUCUCAGGUUACCGAGAGAGCUGCGCGACAAGAUCUACAGCUUCGCCCUGCCUCAGAAAGAUUUGGGGAUCCAUCCCUACCGUGCUUUUCGCCGCCUCGUCUUUCUCGCAAGUGUCGGAGAUCCUAGCGGCUUCUUCUUCAAACUGGGGGACGAACCAGGCAUCUUGAAAGUCAGCAGGCAGAUACGCCAAGAAGCUCUGCCAUUUGCAUAUCGCAACACACACUUUUAUUUGGACGAUGUGGACGACGUUGUCAAGUUUCUUGUUGCCAUCGGCCAUGUUGGACGCAGUAACAUCACUUCACUGCAGUUCCCAUGGGAGAGCUUGAAUGACGUUUGGGCCAAAGAGGAACAGCUUGCCUACGGCAAUGUCAGCGAUCCUGUAUUGCCGUUUCUGCAUCCAUUGAGAUGCGUUCAACUCCUCAAGGAGUGCCCGAGGCUUCGAUUCUUGCAGAUCUCCUUCGAUCCGUGUGUAUUCGAGUACAAGUCGGUCGACGAGUUCAUGGCAGACCCUGGCAUAGCGAGUCUCUCCACUCUGAGAGGAAUCAGAACAUUGAAAAUGAUGGAAGUCGCGGAAGCGAAUGAUGAGACCACAAAACCUCUCGACGAGCAGCCCGCUUUUAAAUGGCUUCUGGAAGAAAUGGGAAAGGCAAAGGAGUAG